AUGCCUUCCUCUUCUCCCGUUGUUCUCGUGACUGGCGCCACUGGAACUCAAGGUGGUGGUGUUGUGCGAGAGCUCCUCAAGCGUGCCAAAUCGACCACUCCGCCUACCUCCUUGACCAUCCAUGCCUACGUCCGUGACCCAACAUCUGCGGCGUCGAAGGCUCUUGUCGACUUGGACUCUACAGCAGUCAAACUAUUUCAAGGGGAUUUCGAUGACUUGGAUGCCCUCACCAAGGCGGCCAACGGGGCGACAGCAACAUUCAUUAAUGUGACUCCUAUAUUUACGGAUCUCGAGGCAGAGUCACGACAUGGCCACAAAAUCUUGCAAGCCUCACUCGCCGCUGGUGUCAAGCACGUCAUUUACUCUGCGGUCAACCGAGCCGACAAGCGCGAGUCGCUGAAGAACAUACAGCCAGGGAGCUGGAUCGACACCUACUACAAGAGCAAAGGAGGGAUCAUCGCCUCCCUCAAAGCCCCACCCUUUCCAACGCCGCCGGACUAUACCUACACCUUGAUCCUCCCAGCAACAUUUCUAUCCAAUUACCAUCCACCCCAUCAAGCCAUGAUGUACCCCAACCUAAGCGCAGAAAACCCGACAAUCACCACUGCCAUCAACCCAAACCAAGUCUCCUCCCAUCUGGAUCCCGACGACAUCGGCCGCUUCGCGGCGCACGCCAUUCUCGCAGCACCCGCCGAGUUCGCCGAGAAAUGGGCCAACAAAACCAUUCCCCUCGCGAGCAUCGACCUGACGCUUCAAGAAGUCAUCGACGCCUUGACACGAUCCGUCUCGAACCGCAAGACCGUCACCAUCAAUUGGCUAUCACCAGAGGAGGCGCAGGAAAAGGCCGCCACCGACCCGUUCAUCGCAAGCCACAUCUUCUUGAACGAGAAUCCGAAUAUCGUCGAUCUGGAGCAAGUCAGGAGCUAUGGGAUCCCUCUGGGCGGUGUGGAUGAGUAUUUCACGAAGAAUCGCGAGAAGGUCGAGAAGGGUCUGGGCUUGUCGUAA